GACUCAACAGCACUGGGUUGGUUUACUGGGUAUACAUAUUUAAAUGUAUUUAUCCAGACUUUUAGGGCAUUUUAUAAUAGAAAGAAUUUUAAGGUGUCAGAUUCAUCAAAUUACCUGGAAUUCCUGAAACUGAAAUUCAGCUUUCUUAUAUUUUGGGGUAAAUCUUCGUGUUAGCUUUAUGUAAGUUUAUGAUUUAAAUGGUCACUUACCACCAUUUCUCUCUUCUCUUCUUCCUCUUGUUCCUAUUCACAGCUUCCUCCCCUCCCUACUGCAACAAGGAAGCAGAGUUGUAUCGUGGAAAGAGCAUCAUCAUACAGGGAGUCCAAGGCAUAAGUUCUAGUGCCAGCAUCACCACUUAGUGAGGUCUUGACCAAGCAAGCCACUUAUUCUCUCUGAGUUCAAUCAUCUGCUCAGUGGAAAUACUCAGGAUUGAAGUGAGAAUCACACAAGUCAUAAAUGUGAACGUGUUUUGUAAAUUGUAAGAGGAAAGGAUUAGUGGCAACGAUAAUUGAGUACAUUCUCUGUUAGGAAAAUGCAACAGGGGUCUUAGGGAGAAGGAAGAGUUGAUUAGGUGAAGCACAAUGGGGAUUUUUUAGGGCAGUGAAACUAUUCUGUAUGAUACUGUAGUGGUGGAUACAUGAUAGUAUACAUUGUCAAAACACAUACAACUUUACAGCACAAAGAAUGAGCCUUAAUGUAUAAAAUUUUACAAGUUUAUUUAGGACAUAGAAGGAGGAUCCCAGAAUGGAAUGCAGACUAUGACAAAGAAGUCUGUUUUAUAAAUGUUUGAAACAGCCUCACUGACGGGGGUGAGCAGAAAAUGUGCAGACCUAUGUAACUAUGGAAAUGAGUGGAGUCUGUAAUACUAAAGGAACAACUACACAUAAGCACUGUACCCUGGUUGGUUGGUAAAGUUGUUUCCCACAGGAGUACAGUUAACAAUUCUGAAAUCACUAUAUACUUGUAUAGUAAUUGAACAAUUGCUACAUGCGUGAUGAAUGGUAGGGGCCACGUUUCUUAAUGUUGUAGUGGGAGGAUACAGAUAAGCAAGAGAGAAAGGCUAGGAUGAUCCAUGUGAACUAUGAACUUGUGUUUAGCUAAAUAUAGAUAAAGAUGGAUACGUAUAAUAAUGUUUAUAGGUGGUAUGCUGGGUUCUCUAGAGGAGCAAAACCAGUGAAGCAUAUAUAUAAAUAUAUACGUAGAGAGUUUAACUUCAAAGAAAUGGUUCAUGUAGUUUUGGAGCCUGGCAAGUCUCAAGUCCAUAGGUCUGGUAUCAGGGUGGAAGCUUCUCCUGACUCACGUGGUUGCAGGCGCUGACAAAUCCAAAAUCAGCAGGUUAGACAGCAGGCUGCUGGCUCACAGGACUGUGGGAGCUGUAAAUCCCAAAAUCUGCAAGUCAGACGACAGGCUGCUGUCUCAAGUCCCAAGAACAGGAGGUCAGAGGAUGACAAGUUGAAUGUAGGAUUGAGAAGGCAAUAUAUUGGAUGCAGGCCACGCCCCCAAUGAAACAUCCCUUUCAGCUGAUUGGCUGCUCACAUCAGAUCACAAAAUGGAGGAUGAUUACAUAAUAUCUGCCAAACCACUGAGAAUCAUGGCCUAGCCAUGUUGACUCUUAACCUUAACAUCACAAUCCACCCCUUGUCAACUUGGCACCUGUACAUGUCUCCUUAAACUACAUGUAGUCUCUGAAUAAAGGCAGUUAUAAACUCAUACCUAUAUCUAACAUGAUACAAGUAACAUGCACACAACUGAAAAAGCGCUAGCCCCAUUUAUAUCUUGUAUUUUAUAAGUAAUGGAGUAAAGGGAGGGGGGAUAAAGAUAUUUGUGUAUAUAUAUAUAUCUCAAAUUCAGGGUGUCAGCUCCAGGGGAAGGCUUUUUCUCUUUGUUGGCUCUGGAGGAAGGUUCCUUGUCCUCAAACUUCCCCUGAUUGAAGAGCUUCUCAGGCACAGGGACCCCAGAUCCAAAGGACGUGCUCUGCUCCUGGUGCUGUUUUCUUGGUGGAAUGAGGUCCCCAACUUGCUGCUUGCUUCCCUUUUUAUCUCUUGAGAGAGAAAAGGUGGGGCAGGCCACACCCCAGGGAAACUCCCUUUACAUUGGAUCAGAGAGGUGAUGUAAGAGUGAUGUUACAAUCCCACCCUAAUCCUCUCAACAUAAAAUUACAGUCACAAAAUGGAGGACAACCACCCAAUACUGGGAAUCAUGGCCUACCAAGCUGAUACACACAUUUUUGGGGGGACAUAAUCAAUCCAUGACAUUCCACCCUUUGGCACCCAAAAAAUCACAUCCUCACAGCAUGUAAAACCUAGUCACCCCAUCAUAUCAUAGCAAAAGUCUAAACUCUAAGUCCAAAAUCCAAAAAUUCCUCUUCAUCUGUGAAAUCUAGAAUACAAGUUAUCUGCUUCCAAGGGUAUAAUGGCAGAACAGCCAAAAGCUAGACAUUUCCGUUACAAGUGGGAAAAACUGGAGGAAAAGAAGGGAUAACAGGCACCAAGCAAGUCCGCAGAACACAUUACAUUAGCCCUCAAAGCUUUGAAAAUAAUUCUCUGUUCCCUGAGACAAUUUACACAAUGGCCCUGCCUUCUAGCCUCUAGGUAUUGGCCACACUCUCCAGAUUCUGAGUGGAGGCCCCGGACCCUGGGCUUCAGCUCUGCCUUCCAGGCCCACUGGGACAGCACGUCUGCUCCCUCAGCUUUAGGUGUACAAUUCUCAUAGCGUGAGUGGCAGCUCCACCCUUAGAAACACCAGAGGCCGUGGCUCCACCCUUUGAAACCCCUGAGGUCAUGGCCAUACCUUUUGAGAUUGAGGCAGCUCAGCUUCUUGUGGUCUCUGUCUCUUUAGCUUCUGUUUCCUGAUUUCUUGGCGUUUUUUUUUUUAGGCUCCUUGGGUCUCAUGCCCACAUCUGCCCUGCUGGGGCAAGUGUUCCAAAGCUCAGUAGCUCCACUGAUAAGUGCCUGAAGGUGUCCCACUCUGCCAGGAAGCCUCCUGCACUCAGCUCUCUCGCUCUGUGGGUUGGCUCCAGCACCAUCUCGUGCUGGUCUCCUGAUUCUGCGGCUGCUGGUUCUCUGCUGUUGCUGCUUCUCUGCUACCGCAGGUUCUCUGCUGUGCUGGUUCUCUGCUGCUGUCGCAACUCUAUCCAUUCAUAGUUUCAAAACCACUUCCACAUUUUAGGUAUCUAUUAGAGUGGCACCUCACUCUCGGUACCAAAUUCUGUCUUAGAUAUCUAGUGCUGCUAUAACAGAAAUACCACAGGUGGAUGGCUUUAACAAAGAGAAAUUUAUUCUCUCACAGUCUAGUAGGUUACAAGUCCAAAUUCAGGGUGUCCUCAAACUUACCCUGGUCGAGGAACUCAGGCGCAGACACCCUGGGUCCAAAGGAUGCGCUCUGCUCCCGGUGCUGCUUUCUUGAUAGCGUGAGGUCCCCAGCUCUCUGCCUGUUUCCCUUUCCUUUUAUUUCUUGAGAGAUAAAAGAUGGCACAGGCCACACCUCAGGGAAACUCCCUUUACAUUGGAUCAGGGAGGUGACCUGAGUAAGGGUGGUGUUACAAUCCCACCCUAAUCCUCUCAACGUAAAAUUACAAUCACAAAAUGGAGGACAACCACCCAAUACUGGGAAUCAUGGACUACCAAGUUGAUAAACACAUUUUUGGGGGGACAUAAUUCAAUCCAUGACAGUAUAUGUAUAUAUAUAGAUAAAUAUAUAGAUACAUAAAUUGUGGCCAUCGAGUUGAUUACAAGUCAUAGUGACCCUAUAUAUAUACAUGUAUAUGUAUAUAUUUAUCAACCUCGUGGGUUGACCCAAACCUUCAUUCCAGAAGAGUCUGGACCAUUACUAGUCAUGUUGACAUUGGGUUGCUGUAGUUUCCCAUCGACUUUAAUCAUAGGACGUGGUAGUACUAAGAGAUGUCCUAUGGGAUAUUCUGUAUUCCAGACAUGCUCUUCUUUACUUCCAUUAUGUAAUAUCAGUGCUAUUUCUCCUUGGUAAUCAGAAUCAAUCAUACCAGCCAAUACAGUAACUCCCUUCUUUGCCUAUUGGUCCAGAAGCAUGAGGAACCCAAAGUGGCUGGGUGGCAUUCUUAAUUUCCAGUUCAGUGGAAUCAGUGUUUUGUCUCCUGGUGGGAGCAUUCCUCCCUUUGUAACUAAGACCUCUAGAUCUGCAGAGCAUAGGGUUGUGGGGACAGGAAGCAAAAAUUUUUUGAGUGGAUCACUAGAGGUAAUAGUGAGUGGUGUCACCUCCAUUUCUACCCCUUGAUUCUUGGACCCAUGAAUCCUGGCUAUGGGAGAAGCAGCACCAUGUAUUGGAUGCUAUUUUAGAGCAUAUACAGCCUAUGGAAAACAUUGCCCCAGCUGUGCAAGGUAUUGCCACCUAGCUAGUACUUUAGUUGUGUCUUUAGAAGACACAAUUUCAUCAUUCUAUCAAGCCAGCUGCUUCAGGAUGAUGGGGAACAUGGUAAGACCAAUGAAUUUCAUGAACAUGGGCCCAUUGCCGCACUUCAUUUGUUGUGAAGUAACUCCCUUGAUCUGAGGCAAUGCUGUAUGGGAUGCCAUGAUGGUGGAUAAGGCAUUCUGUAAGUCCACAGAUGAUAGUUUUGGCAGAAACAUUGCAUACAGGGAAGGUAAAUCUGUAUCCAGAGUAAGUGUCUAUCCAGUUAGAACAAAACACUACCCUUUCCAUGAUGGAAGUGGUCCAGUGUAAUCAACCUGUCAUGAGGUUGCUGGCUAAUCACCCCUAGGAAUGGUGCCAUAAUAGGAACUCAGUGUUGGUCUCUGGCAUGCUGGUAGAUUGGCACUCAGCAGUGGCUGUAACCAAGUUGGCCUUGGUGAGUGGUAGUCUGUGUUGCUUAGCCCAUGCAUAACCUCCAUCCCUGCCACUGUGGCCACUUUAUUCAUGAGUCCUUUGGGUAGUGACAGGAGUGGCUGAGGAAAGAGGCUGACUGGUAUCCACAGAACACCUCAUCCUAUCCACUUGAGUGUUAAAAUCCUCCUCUGCAGAGGUCAUCCUUUGGGAGCACUGCCAUGAGACACAAGUAUCUUCAGUUCUUUGGCCCAUGCAGAGAGGUCUGUCCAUAUGCCUCUUCUUCAUACCUCCUUGUCACCAAUUUUGCACUCAUGUUCCUUCCAAGUCCCUGAUCAUCCAGCCAAACUAUUGGCCACAGCCUAUGAAUCAGUAUACAGUCGUACAUCUGGCCAUCUCUCCUUCCAAGCAAAAUGAACAGCUAGGUGCUGUGCUUGAAGAUCUGCCUACAGGGAGGAUUUCCCUUCACCACUGUCCUUUAGGGAGGUCUCAGAAAGGUACCUGCAUAUCAAGGCCAUAGGUGCAGACUGGGAGAUGGAAGGUAACAUGAUGGGAGUGGGUACCUUGGGCACUUGGACCACUUCCUUAUGUAGCAUACUUGUGCCUUCAAUUCCUGCUUGAGCCUGACCUCGUUUAUACCACUUCCUUUUAAUGACGGAGUGCUGCUGUGCACGUCUAACUUUAUGACUCUGUAGGUCAGACAACACCUAGUUCAUGAUGGGCAGCUUAGGCCUGGUGGCCCAUGGUUAAGCAUUUGGUCUCUACUGAGGCCCAGUAACAAGGCAAGAACUGUGUCUCAAAAGGAGAGUAGUUAUCUGCAGAGGAUGGCAGAGCUUUGCUCCAGAAUCCUAAGGGUCUGUGCUGUGAUUCACCAAUAGGGGCCUGCCGAAGACUCAAAACAGCAUCUCUAUCUGCCACUGACACUUCCAGAACCAUUGAAUUGGCUAGAUCAUAUACCGCAAGUGGCAGAACAGCUUAUGUGGCAGCUGAACCUCUUGCAGGGCCUUCUCUUGUUCUAGGCCCCACUCAAAACUAGCAGCUUUUUGAGUCACUUGAUAACAAUGAGGGAUUGUUACCUCUAAAAUCCAAAGAGGCCAAGCAGGCACUGUACCUCUUUUUAGUUGUAGGAGGGUUGGGAUGUAACAACUUAGGCUUCAUGUUAAAAGGAGUGUCUCGACAUGCCCUACACCACUGGAUCCCUAGAAGUUUCACUGAAGUGGAAGGCACCUCAAUUUCCCACCCUCUAGCACACAGCUGUCUCAGCAGUAUGUCCAGAGUCAUUGAUACUUCUUCCCUACUAGGCCCAGUCAACAUAAUGUCAUCAAUGUAAUGGACCAGUGUGAUGUGUGAUGUUUUGUGGGAAGGAAAGACGAUCAAGUUUCUUGCAGACCAAAUUAUGACACAGGGCGGGAGAUUUGAUACAGCCCUGAGACAGGACUCUGAAGGUAUGUUACUGGCCUUGCCAGCUAAAGGCAAACUGCUUUUGGUGUUUCUUCGAAACUGGAAUCGAGAAACAGACAUUGGCCGGCUCAAUAGCUGCACACCAGGUACCAGGAGAUGUAUUAAUUUGCUCAAACAAUGAAACCACAUCUGGAACAGCAGCUGAAAUUGAAGUCACCACCUGGUUAAGUUUACGAUAAUCCACUGUCAUUCUCCAAGAUUCAUCUGUUUUUUGCACAGACCAAAUAAGCUAGUUGAAUGGGGAUGUGGUGGGAAUCACUACCCCUACACAUCCUUCAGGUCCUUGAUGGGGGCACUAAUCUCUGAAACCCCUCCAGUAGUGUGGUAUUACUUUUGGUUUACUAUUUUCCUAGGUAUGGGUAGUUCUAAUGGCUUUUCCUUGGCUUUUUCUACCAUAAUAGCCCUUACUUCAAGUGUCAGGGAUCCAUUGUAGGGGUCCUGCCAGUUGCUCAGUAUAUCUAUACCAAUUAUGCAUUCUGGAAGUGAGGAAAUCACUACAGGAUGGAUAUGGGGACCCACUGGACUCAUUGUGAGGUGGACCUGACCUCUAUAUAGUGGGUCACAGUGACAUUUUGUGUCUCCUGGAAUUAGUUUAGAGCCAGUACCCAGUAAUCCUCGAAAAGUCUGAUUAUUUCCUUUCUCUAGUGAACAGUCACUCUUGUAAAAGCCCAUCUAUGGAUCCUUUCGUGGGAGGCUGGGAGAGAGAUUAACAGUAUAAAUUUUUGGUACUGCAGUGGGGUUCUUCCUCAAAGGGAUGAGGCUUCCCCGUAACCUGGCUCAAGUCUGGGAAUUGAUUGAAGGGCCUUGACUGUCUCUUAUGGCAAUUCAAGUUAAACUGCCAUUCACUUGACCUAGAAUUCUUUGGCUUGUACAGAGCAAGUAAGUAUUUACUAGAUUUCCCAUCUGUUUCACUCCUAGGGAUGGCAUGACUAAGUAACCAAUGUCAUAAGUCCAUAUGAGUCACUCUUUUUACUGCAUUGACUCUGCUGUCCAUUACAGUAACCAUGCCCACUUGGUCUUUGCCGAUUAAGUGCUGCCAUUUGGCCCCUACUACCACUGAGUCUAAUCAGCCCCAUUGUAGUUAAAGCAAUUCCCACUGUUAAAUCUGACUUACAUAAAACAGCAAUCGCAGCAGUCUUCAAGGAUGCUGGGGCUCCCUUCACAAGUGUAUUUCUCACUGUUGUGGUAAAAGAUGUGUCCUCUGGGCACUUUGUGGAUGGGUCUGUGGCUCCAACCUGAUAAAAACACUCUAACAUGCCAAUUUCCCUAAGCAUUUGGUAUCUUUUAAGGCAGGUCUGGCAUUUCAGCUUGAUUUAUUGUAGGCCUCUGUUUAAUCCAUGCUUCAUUAAACCAACCAAAUAAACUAUUAGAUCCUUUUCUAACUUAUCAAGCUGAAACAUUGAAUGAAGAACCUGUGCUUAGAGGGCCCAUAUCAAUAAACACAGACUGAUCCAAUUUUAUGUUCCUUGCACCAUUAUCCCACACCGUUAAUAACCAUUCUCACACAUAUCCCCAGGCUUCUGUUUGUAUAUAUUAGAAAAAUAAAGCAGUUUUCUUAUAGUUCAGAAAGUAAUGAAAGUACACCUAAAAAACCCCACAAUGAUGGGGGUAUGUCAAAGGAACACAAGAGCCAGUUGAAAGAGCUCCCAAUGGCUAAAGCAGAGCAGUUUGAACAUCAAAAUAAAGUAGUAUUGUAUUAUAACCCAAAGUAUAAAAUAAAUAUCCAUGAGUCCAUAAUAAUAUAAAUUACUGAAUAAACAAAUGUGGGAAAAGAGACAAAUCUUCCAUGCAGAAGUGACUCAUAACUCCCCAUUCCUUAAGUGUGGGCUGUGCAUAGUGACUUCCUUCCAAAAGUAAUUUAUGGAAGGGGGGAAAAGGGCCUAACUCCACAGUGGAGAAACCUGAGACACUACCUCAGCCAGAGAUCAAGAUCAAGAUCCAGUGGUGAUAAUCAUGUUGAUAGGAUGUACCUUUGGUAAGAUGUGAUGAGAAUGACAUUUUACCCCUGAAGUUUUCCUCUCCAGUCUAAUCAUGAGAACAACAUUGGACAAAAUCAACGUGAGAGACAUUCUACAAAAAUACUUGACCAGUACUCCUCAUGUUAUUUUACUUGGAUUUCAUUUUCCUUGGACCCAUAAUCAACAUCCAUGAAAGCAGCAGUCAAGAAAUCAAGUGACGUAUUGCAUUGGGCAAAUCUGGUGCAAAGACCUCUUUAAAGUGUUGAAAAGCAGAGAUGUCACUUUGAGUAUUAAAGUGCACCUGACCCAAGCCAUGCUAUUUUCAGUCACCUAAUAUGCACACGAAGGUGGACAAUGAAUGAGGAAGACAGAAGAAGAAUUAAUGCAUUUGAAUUGUGGUGUUGGUGAAGAAUAUCGAAUGUACCAUGGACUGCCAGAAGAGCAAAAACAAAUCCGUCUUGGGAGAAAUACAGCCAAAAUUUCUUUAGAAGCAAGGAUGGCGAGACUUUGUCUCAUGUGCUUUGGACAUGUUAUGAGGCGGGACCAGUUCCUGGAGGAGGACAUUUGUGUUUAGUAAAGUAGAGGGUCAGUGAAAAUGAAGAAGAACCUCAACAAGAUGGAUUGACACAGUAUCCGCAACAACGUGCUCAAACAUAGCAAUGAUUGUGAGGAUUGUGCAGGACCAGGCAGUGUUUCAUUCUGUUGUACGUAGAAUCUCUAUGAGUCAGAACCAACUCGAUGGCACCUAACAAUAACAACAACCACAGUACUCCUCGAAACUGUCAAGAUCAUCAAAAAAAGGAAAGUCUAAGAAACCCUCAGAGCCAAGGGGAGCUUAGGAGACAUGAUGACUAAAUGUAAUGCGGUGUCCUGGGUGGGAUCCUGAAACAGAAAAAGGACAUUAGGUAAAAACUAAGGAAAUAUGAAUAAAGUAUGGACUUUAGUUAAUAAUAAUGUAUCAAUAUUGGUUCAUUAAUUGUGACAAAUGUACCAUAUUAAUGUAAGUUGUUAAUGAUAGGAGAAAGUAUGGGGCAUCUAUAUGAUAUUCACAACUUUUCCGUAAAUAUAAAAAUGCUGAAUUUAAAAAACAGCUAUAUAGGCAGCAUAGCUUAGUGCUUAAGAAGAUAGAUGAACUCAAGGGUUAAACUCCCUGGGUUCAGAUCUCACACUUAUCACUUACUAGCUGUGUAACUCUGGUUACCCAAAGUAACUAGAGUUAUUUAACUUGUCUUUGCCUCAAUUUUGUUAUGUGUUAAAUACGUUCUUGGGGGGACUAAAUGAGUUGAUACAUAGAAAACACUUAGAGCAAUAUAUGGCCCAUAGCAAACCAAAAAAACCCAAACAAGUAGUAAAAUUGAAUUGAUUCUGACUCAUGGUGACCCUGUGUAUAUUAGAAUAGAACUGUGCUCUGUAGGAUUUUCAGUGCCUGGUUUUUCAGAACUAGAUCAUCAGGGCUUUCUCCCAAGGCACCUCUGGGUGGAUUCAAGCCUGCAACCUUUCAGUUAGUAGCUGAGCAUGUUAACCAUUUGCGCUACCUGGGGACAUACUAUAUAUAACUAAUUGAUUCCCCCCCCCCCCUUUUUUUUAAUCAUUGCUACCUUGCUGUUUAGUUUUGGGGCCUUUGUGAUUAUAGCUGUAUUUACUGUCUGCUUUGGCAUAAUGAUUUUUAUCUUGGCACUACAGUAGAGCAGUAUCCAUAAUGCUUUGUUCAUAAGGGGGAAAAUCAUCAAGAUUGUAAAGAUUUAAAAGGAAGCAGGACAAGAACUUGAGAAUUCCCAGCCCAGAUGCGUAUACAGUGUUGACUGAGUGAAGAUAGAAGCCACAGAGCCUGAUAAUUCACUUUUUAUGGGCAUAGACAUGCCACACAUAGAAAUUCUGUGAUUAACUUUAUUCCAUUUUUAGUAGGCUCUUGUAGGAAAUUAUGAUUUCCGCUCCCCUGUUAAACUGAUGUUCUUUAAAGGCAAAGCACAACCCCAUCAUGCAAGCUCCUGAGAUCUGGGGUUCAGCAUCUGAAAUGUUGGUGAUAUUUGAAAGAAAAGUGGAAUGUAUUAUAGAAACAUUUUUUAGGUCUUUUACCUCUCUGCCUAAAAUCCAACUAAGUCUUUAGAAAACUUCCUAUAGAUCAGCAUCUGAGCUGGCAUAGUAUACUGAAUAGAAUAUAGAAUUUGGAGUCAGGAGGCCUCUGUGGAGUCUGGACUACUUGGUAGCUACGUGAUUGAGGCGACUCAUGUAACCUCUUUGAACCUCAGCUCCGGCAUCUGUAAAAUAGUGAUAACAGAAAUGCUUGUCCUGCCUUUUUCCCUUCUCGCUGACUUACAGGAUGAUCAUUGUGAGGAUUAGGUGUGAAAAUAAGUGUGAGAGCUUUUUGUAAGUUGUAAAAUCUGUACAAAUAUUACUUGUUUUAGUGAUUUUCGGGUUUUCAGCAAUAGUAAAACUCUAAUGGAGCUUUAUAGUCAUAUUAAGUGUUGCAGUCAUCUGAAUACCUUUACUUGUUUAUGAAGUAAUAAAAUGAAAUCAUUUGAAUUUAAAAUGCUUUUGAUGGAAUAUUUUCUCACAACACUUCAGUUUUUAUAAUGUUUUCCUUUGGUGUAACAAAGGAAGGCAUUGUUUCAGUCUGGAAUUGUCUCUUUCAGGUGGCAGUUUGAGAAAAUGGUUCCCAGAUUUCUCACUGAAAUUAACUAUAUAGAGAACACAAAAGUGUGUCCCUGUGAUUUGUGAAGUUGUCUCCUUUGGACACAGGCUCUCUUGUCCUUGUGUGGAGCUGACCAGCAGAGGGAGCACGAGCUUUCCCAGGAACUGGCUUCAGCCUGUAGGCUGGGCAGGCCUGAUUGGUGCCAUCUGUGUUUGUCGUCUGAUAAUUAACAAGGACUGUGAAUGAAGAGAUUCUGGUGGAUCAGAAACACAGUUACCUAAUGGAACGGGAGAGCAGACAUAAUGCCAAACAGCAGCAUACCAAGUACCUGCCAUAGUAGUUUUUUAGGUACUGAUUAGAAUGAAUGUGAUUUGGAGAAAUUCUAUUUCCUGUCUAAAGAUAGGAAAGGCGCCUCACAGAUACCAAAGUGAUUAUCGCCCAACGGCUCCUCUGGGAUCAAGAAUUUUAACUGACCCAACCAAAGUUUUUGAACACAACAUGUGGGAUCAUAUGCAAUGGUCAAAAGAAGAAGAAGAAGCAGCCAGAAAAAAAGUAGAAGAAAACUCAGCUGUUCGAGUCCUUCUGAAAGAGCAAGUUAAGUAUGAGAGUGAAGCUAGUAAAUAUUGGGACACAUUUUACAAGAUUCAUAAGAAUAAAUUUUUCAAGGAUCGUAAUUGGCUGUUGAGGGAAUUUCCUGAAAUUCUUCCAGUUGAUCAAAAAACUACAGAGAAGGUGGGAGAAUUAUCAUGGGAUCAUGUAAAAACUAAUACAGCAAAUUGUUUCUCAAGAAUGCACUGCCCUACUAUGCCUGAAGAAAAAAAUCACUACAAGAAAAAUCCUGGCUCAUCAAAUGGUCGAAGCAAAGCAGAAUCUGAUUUUUCCAAACCAGACUCUGAAGAGCAUAGAAAAGGACCUCUGAAGACUGACUUGUUUCCUGGUAGCAAUGCCACUUUCAGAAUACUAGAGGUUGGCUGUGGUGCUGGAAAUAGUGUCUUUCCAAUUCUGAACAUCUUGCAGAAUGUGCCAGGGUCCUUCCUUUAUUGUUGUGAUUUUGCUUCUGGAGCUGUGGACCUAGUAAAGUCACACUCAUCCUACAGAGCAGCCCAGUGUUCUGCCUUUGUUCAUGAUGUAUGUGAUGAUGGCUUACCCUACCCUUUUCCAGAUGGGAUCCUGGAUGUCAUUCUCCUUGUCUUUGUGCUCUCUUCUAUUCAUCCUGACAGGAUGCAAAGCGUUGUAAACCGACUGUCGAAGUUACUGAAACCAGGGGGAAUGUUGUUAUUUCGGGACUAUGGAAGAUAUGAUAAGACUCAGCUUCGUUUUAAAAAGGGGUGCUGUUUAUCUGAAAAUUUUUAUGUUCGAGGAGAUGGUACCAGAGCAUAUUUUUUCACAAAAGGGGAAGUCCACAAUAUGUUCUGCAAAGCUGGGCUAGACCAGAAGCAAAAUCUGGUUGAUCGUCGCUUACAAGUUAAUAGGAAAAAACAAGUGAAAAUGCACCGAGUGUGGGUUCAAGGCAAAUUCCAGAAACCAUUGCACUUGCCUCAAAAUAGCUCCAAAUUGUUUUUUUCACUCCUUUCUGAUGACUGAACUAUAUACCAUGUUAAGAUAAAAAACCAGAUGACUACACUAUUCAGAGACUUCUGCAAAGCUCUCAUUUCUCAAAAGGCAAUCAGAAGAAUUUGUAUAUCCUGCUGUUUGUGCAUUUUAAGUACAUGUUAAGUGAUUUGCAUCGUAUUCUGUGUUUUCAACUCAGAACACGUGAUGUACCCAAGUUUACUUGUGUUUAUUACGUCUAACCAUUUUAUUUGUUCUUUGAAUUUUUAAGCAUUCAAUUAAAUUGCUGAUAUAUGUCAAAUAAUUUUGAGAAACCAUAACUUGUCAUUUUUUAGAAGUGGAAAAAUGUAUCAGCUUUUUACAUUAGGCUUAGCAAGUCCAUUCACAAAUACAGCCAAACUGUCAUCCAUUGUCAUCUUCUGACACCAAAGGCAGCAUGCCUUGUUUGCAGGGAAAAGUGUCAACAAGCCCAAGACCAAGGUAUAUUGUUUUUUGUUUGUUUUCCCCAAAGCAUUUUUUUUUUUAAUUCCGAGACUAAUGUCUGGUAGAAUUUUAGUUUCUCUUUCCUUUCCUAAAAUUGGGGAAGUGUGACCCAUGCUAAUAUUAUCUUCAAGCUAUUCUUAGAUGUACAAGUUGUUGCAAACUGUCUUUAAGACCACUGUCAUACCCAAGGAAACACUUAAAUUGUACCAAUUAAAAUUUUAUUGAUCACUUUGCCUCAAAAAGCAUAUAAGUUGGCUUGUAAAUUAUGCCGCAUAAAAACAAACUCUCUAAGACUGGUCUUCAUUUGUUAUACAGAUAUUUACUGAGCGCUUACGUUGUACUGAGUUAUGUGGAAUAAUAUAAUAAAGACCCAGUCUCUGCCCUCAGGGAGCAUACAUAAGUCUAGCUGGCAAAGCAAAAUGUGUAUACCUUAAACCUUUAUAUCAUAAUCUAGGAUAAUAUACAAACAGGUAUAGGGAGCUUAUAACCAAAAGUGGAGACUUCAGUUAUAAGCCACAGAAAUCUGAAACAAAUGGACAAUCUCGUGAAAGGACCACCACUGGGAUGCUUCAGUCCCAACUGUUUUCCUUUUUUAAAUUGGCGUAAGUUCUGAUUUCCUGGAAAAAUGUGAUUUUUCCAACUAGGGUCGUGAAUUCAUCAUCUCUUGACAAGCUGGGGCAGGGCAGCUUAAUUGAUGGUGCCAUCAGAAUGUAUGAAAUGGAGGAAAGUUGCCCAAAGGUAAAUCAAGACACUACUAUUAAAAAAGAUGAGGGAUCCCAGACCUUCAGUUGACACAGGACAGGAACCAUCCCCGAAGACAACUCAUCAGAAAUGAAAGGGACUGGUCAGCAGGUGGGAGAGAGACGCUGAUGAAGAGUGAGCUAAUUAUAUCAGGUGGACACUUGAGAUUGUGUUGGCAGCUCUUGUCUGGAGGGGGGAUGGGAGGAUAGAGAGAGAGGGAAGCCGGCAAAAUUGUCAAGAAAGGAGAGACUGAAAGGGCUGACUCAAGAGGGGGAGAGCAAGUGGGAGUAGGGAGUGAGAUGUAUGUAAACUUAUAUGUGACAGACUGAUUGGAUUUGUAAACGUUCACUUGAAGCUUAAUAAAAGUUAUUAAAAAAAAAAAAAAAAAAGAUGAGGGAUGGUGCCCAGUCACAAACAACACGACUUACAGAAAUGAUACCGGUAAACCAGUUGCCAUCAAGCCGAUUCCAACUCAUGGCAGCCCCAUGAGUGUCAAAGUAGAACUGCACUCACGGGGCUUUUGAUGACUGAUAGCAGCAAUAGUAAUGGUAGUUCCGAAGAGAGAGAGAUCAUUUGUGAAAAGGAAUGGGGAAGAAUCAGGCUUCUGGGGGAAGGCUGGUCCUUGAAUGUAUCUUCUCAGGAGAUGGUGAGAAGACAAAUCUGUCUGGAGUAGGACAUUCAUGAUGAGAGAUAGUGGAGAAAAGAUGGGCAAGGGUCAGCUUGUAGACAGCUUUGAAUAGCAACUAAGGCAUUGGGUUCUAGUCUCAAGACUGUAGCCAUCUGAGGUUUGUUUAUUUCUGUUUUAUUUAUAACAUGCCUAGCCAUGACAUGUUAUAAAUGUACUCAGAGAGACUGAUUUAGGAGUAGGAUGGAAUGGGUUGGAGUGAGAUCAGAGAUCAGUGUUAAGGAAGACCACAGAAAAGUUUUUAUAAUAACUUGAUGGCAAGUCCUCAGAAAUAAAAUAUCAAGGUUUCUGUCUAAACAUGCAUAAUUUGGUAAGUGUAAAAGUUCGUAUUUUUCUGAGACUCUUAACUCAGUUGUAUUUCAUAAUUAAAGUGUACAUUUAAAAGCCAAACCAGUAAUAAAAAGAUUAUAUACCGCAAGGGAAGUUUAGAUAAGUUAAUGUUGCUAUGGGAACCCCAGCACAUCUUCUUGUGUCUCGAUUUAAAAACCAUGGCCCAAGGUGGCUUUGAAAACAACAGAAGGUAAAAUUAUUCUCACAUUCUCACACAUGUAAAUUGUUCUGUCUCUCUUCCUCCUAAAUAGCAGAUUCAAGCCAGCCUCUUGACUGGCACGGUAAAAUUCAGCUUCGUGUAUUUCUAUAAUGUAUUACAGCAUGUAAGUUAACCUUUAGAAACUUCAAAAAUACAUCAACCAAAUUUGGACUGUGAGACACAAACUGGGCUCUUUUGGGCCCCGGCCAGUGUAGACUUCCUAUUCCACAUGGCCGCGCAGUAGGGCCAUUUCCACCAGUAUGUUCUGCUUCCCCACGCAGGCUCUUUCUGUCUUUCCUACCUUAAUCAAUUCCCUACUUAGAGCUGGCUGCUAGGAAAAAAAAAAAAAAGUAGGCUUUGGCAGAAAAAAAAAAGGGAAAGUGACCUGAUUUGGAAUUUUGCUUAUAUAUAUUAAGAAAUCACAAAGUGUUUCAAAGGUAUUUGGUUGGAUAUUAGUUUAAAAAUAUUUGAUAACUGUAUGAAACUCCAAUCUUCCCCUGGUAGGGUCAAAAAGGUACGGUCAGUUUGGUAUUUACAAAUUCAUCUUCUGAGGGAGUUGAAUUUCAAAAGGACUGUUUUCUUUCUAACAGAAAAAGGUAUAUUCCUUCAUCUCCUUACAAUACCAAAAACCAAAAACCCAAACUCAUUGCGGUGGAGUCGAUUCCGCCCCAUAGCGAUCUUACAAUACAGAAACAAUGAAACAUAAUUUAUUAAAAAUACACCUUGCGUUUUUCUCCCAUUU